ACAACAGUCGUCGCAACAUCAGCCGAAUCAGUCGAACGCGAGCAGAAGCAUCUGUACGAGCUACGGUAUCGCCUCGACGUCGUCCUCUUCGUGCUCGUCGUCGGGCCUCGGUCACGUGGAUUCGGUAGCGCGAGGUGCCGAUGCCGUAGGUUCGCCUAGCAGCGUGUACGGCAUCGCCUCGUCGUCACCGGAACCCUCUUCGGCCAACAAUCUGAUUCUUUCCGCGCUCUUGACCACCACGUCCUCCACGGAGACCCAUAAUCGAACACUGCGAGCCGGGCUCCCAACUACGACCACGGGUCAGAGCAACGUGCUACCGUCCACGUCCACGAUAUCGCACGGUCCGACUAACGCUAGGAACAACGUCGGCAACAGCAGCGUCGCGUCGCCAGAUUCCUUAAACGGAAUCCUGUCGUCUCUAAACGUCAGGAUCAAGACGGAGGAAUAUCCGAAAGUACGCACGGAGGAACGAAGAACGACAAACGCGACACUUUCAUCAGCGUCACCGUCGUUGUCUUCGUCCUCGACGUCCACCUUUAACGCAUCCCUGCUCAGCUCCUUGUUGUCCACGUCGCGAAUCUCGACGGCCUCCUGUAGGAACGACAGCGACGAGGACAUUCUGUCGAGAUCGUGCAUCAAGCUCGAGUAUCCGUCCACGGAUACGCAACGGUCAAGUCAAGAACAGCAACAGGAGGAACAAAGUACGGUGCGCGGCAUCAAAGUAGAAUAUCCUCUCAGUCAAUCGUCGCAGGACGUUCUGGACACCGGUGAAGAGGAGGAACUCGCUACCACGUCGCCGUACGACAUCAUCCCAGCCGGGAAUCCCAGGUGUUCGACGAAGCAGACGGUUUGCACCGGCAAGAGCCAAACGAGUUCCUUGGUUAAAGACGUGAUCGUGCCCGUCUGUCCGGGCGCUGUGUCGCCAACAUCGUCCAUCGUGAUCGAGAUGAAGUACGAAACGCAGUCAGGUCCGCCAACAGCGCCGCCGCAUCUAACGUCCUCCGGGGUUGAGCCGCCUCACAGCAGUCAAGGGACAGGCAUCGUCGUCGGUGGUUCGCCCGCGGAGGUUGUCGGAGUGGACAGUUUACUUCUAUCGCCAUGGGGAGCGACUGGUCCGGACUUUCUGGAGCCUCCCGACGUCAAGCAAACGGCAGCUGGUCUGCAGGAUGCAUGGGACACCCUUCUUCUUGGUUCGUCGGUCGGCGUUGCCUCGGCCCAAUCGUUGGCAGAAUUGAAACCUCUUCCACCCUUCACCGGUUAUACCGGACAUUUGAGCAUCAACGGUAUACCUGGUCAUCACUAUCACACGAUAGCAUCGUCCGCGCAGAGGCCAUCGCUACCAUCCUCAUCGCCAACGUCUUCGUCGAAUCAAGAGUAUUACGAGUCACCGGUCGUAUCCUCCAGCACGCCGUGCCCGCAGGGUACCCAAAAGCAGCAACAACAGCAACAACAGCAACAGCAGCAACAACAUCAUCAACAUCAACAGCAGCAGCAGCAACAGCAGCAGCAGCAACAACAACAACAACAGCAGCAACAGCAGCAGCAACAGCAGCAGCAACAACAACAGCAUCAUCAUCAUCAUCAUCAUCAUCACCAACAGCAACAGCUGCCACAGUCGACGCAACAAGUAGACUACGAUAUCGAGGAUAUAGCUGAGAUUAUUGGUUCGGCGAUAGCGGACACGACAGUUCCUGGUGGUGGAAACGGGGCAGGUUCGGAGCACGAUCCGGACGCGUCGCGCGAUUGGAUCGACAUUGCCGAGUGGAUCGAUACCGCGUGCUCGCCGAAAGCUCAAGAAACUACGUCGCCAAGCCCGUAUUCGCAGAUAUACGGGACGGCGACACCUUCGACGCAGGCACAGCAGCACGGCUCGACCUUACAGAGUUUGCUGACGCAUGGGUACGCGCCGCUGAUCAACGCCAGGUUGCAAUCCGCGAAUGCUGGCCUACAAAAUGCAUCCUGCGGCGAGACUCCGUCGUCGACGAGCCCCUACCCACCUGUCAGUCCACCUGGCAGAGUCUCAACCUCGUGCAGUCCCGAUCAUUUGCUGCACUCGUCCUUCGCGGCACCCUCUCACCCUAGAAAGAGGUCACGGCCUGCUCCAGGCUCGCAGAAUCCGUCGAAGAAGAGUCCAGGCACGGGUGCGACGGCGCUACCGUACGGAACGGAAUCUGGUCUGAUAGGCGGCAAGGAGAAGCCGGUGCAUAGGUGUUCCAUCUGCAACAGAGGAUUUCUAAACAAGAGCAAUAUCAAGGUGCACUUGAGAACGCAUACGGGCGAGAAGCCGUUUAGGUGUGAAGUGUGCGGCAAAGCCUUCAGGCAGAAGGCGCACCUCAUUAAACACCAACAGAUUCACAAAAGGAUCGGCAGGGAUUAGAUUCACGGAGCGGUUUCUCUCUAUUGUGGGGAGAACGUAUCGAGCGUACCUAAAUUACUGUAAGUACCUAUUUCGAAAUGACGUUGAUCGAAGUUAAGACGUCGAAACGUUGACGACUCGAUCGUUAUCUAACGUGUUUAAUACGAUUCGUUCGAGGAAACUCAACGAGAAGCUGAUGCGUUGCCAAACGGGGACCUAAACGAGGAAUCUGUUUCUAUCCAGCAUAUGUAAGUGAGCAAACUUGCGCCGAACGUAACGAAACCGUGCCGAAUGAUAAUUCUUGGUCUCGAGAAAAGAUAGGUGGUAGUGCGUAAUUCCUAGGUGCAAUAUCGAGCUGGAUCGAGAAUCUCGUAGAUGGGUAUGAAGCCUUCGAUCGGGACUCGACCAACGAUUCUUCUGUGCGGGUGAAUUCAGGAGAAGUGACAUGAUCUCUUGUGCUGUGUUAUAUUGACGACGUUAAAUUGUGCGUGCAAGCCACUGUCGCGAGGUGUGUACAUAUACGUGUCGGUAACAGAGCACACGUACGCGGGUACGUGCGUAUACGUAGCUACAUACGUAGAAAGAAGCGAACAUCAAAGAAAAAAGAAAAUCUCGAGCAAAACAUAUU